AUGACUACCACCUCAAUGAUUCAACCAAAAUUCUUGUCGAAAGGCGACCAACUUGGUGUUGUUGCUGUCGGAUUCUCUGGUGGACAAUGUAAACCAGGAGUUGAUGCAGCACCUUCAGCACUCAUCAAGAGUGGUCUACUUACUCAACUCGAAGAGGAAUUAGGAUACAAACUUCACCAUGAUAAUACCGUCCACUCCUAUAAGGAAUUAAUCCCUUUUGAAGAUCCAGACCACCGAAGGAUGAAGAACCCACGCGCAGUCUCUGCCGUUACACAAAAGCUUUCUGAACAAGUUUAUGAACAUGCCAAAGAGGGUCGUUGCGUUUUGACUCUGGGUGGUGAUCAUUCCAUUGCUAUUGGUUCAGUUUCCGGAACUGCAAAAGCAAUCCGUGAGCGUUUAGGAAGAGAGAUGGCAUUAAUUUGGGUUGAUGCACACGCCGAUAUCAAUACACCAGAAACCUCCGACUCUGGAAAUGUUCAUGGAAUGCCAGUCGCAUUUUUAACGCGCCUUGCUCAAGAAGAAAAGCCUGAAAUCUUUGGAUGGUUAAAGGAUGAACAUAUGGUUAGCGUAAAGAAGAUUGUUUAUAUUGGCUUGAGAGAUGUGGACAGAGGAGAGAAGAAGAUUCUCCGUGAAAAUGGCAUCAAAGCAUUCAGCAUGCAUGACAUUGAUAGACACGGUAUUGGCAAAGUCAUGGAAAUGGCUCUCGGCCAUAUUGGUAACGAUACCCCUAUCCAUCUCUCUUUCGAUGUCGACGCUCUCGACCCUACCUACGCUCCUUCUACUGGUACGCCUGUUCGUGGAGGUUUGACUUUAAGAGAAGGAGAUUACAUUGCUGAAUGCGUUCACGAGACUGGUUCUUUGAUCGCCAUGGAUUUGGUAGAGGUCAACCCAACACUUGAACCUGGUAUCAAUGAUAUUGGAGCACACGAGACUGUUAGAGCCGGGUGCUCAUUGGUUAGAUGCGCUUUGGGUGAAAGCUUGCUAUGA